UGUGAGUCGCUCUCACGUCUCCAUUUCCUGAUUUUUAGGCCCUUCCUUUUGCUCUUUCACUCGCUUUUCUGUUUCCAAUGGAGAGACGAAGCUUCCUUUACAAUUCAAAUCUUCAUUCAUUUCGGUGAGGUUUUCUUAUUCUCCUUUCAAUCCAAAUCUCGUCCUGAGUAAGAGAUGGAGAGAGAAAGGUGAGUUCUUUCAAGAUUUGGGGGUCUUUUUUCAUGUCUUUUCUGCUGUACUGUGUUUGGUGCAUUUUCUUCGAAAAGAUUUAGGAAUUUUAGAUUUUUUUUUUCUUCUUGUGGUUUUUUUAGUGUGGUUUCACAGAAACUGGGAUUUGGGUUUUGGUUAGUGAAGGUUUUUGGUACCUGGGUUUUGCUUAGAAUGUAGUUUUGGAUCGGUUUUUGUUAGUUUGGUGAAUUGGAUUCUGUAGACAAUGGAGUUUGGUGUAUCGGGUUUUGCUCUGCAGAGGUCUUGAUGAGUUGGAUUUUGCUUAGAAGAGGUUUCGGUGAGUUGGGUGUUGUUCAGAUUUGAUUUUUGCGAAUUGGGUUUUGCUCAGAUUAGGCUUUUUUUGUGAUUUGGGUUUUGCUCAGAUUAGAUUUUUGUGAAUAGGGUUUUGCUCAGGAAAGGUUUGGUGAGUUGGGUUUUGCUUGGAUGGCAUUUUGGUGAUUUGGGUUCUGCUAAGAUUAGAUUUUGGUGAUUUGGGUUUUGCUGGGAAUUGAUUUGGGUCGGUUAGUUGGGUUUUGUUUGGACUAGAUUCUGGUGAGUAGAUUUUAGUGAUCUGGUUUUUCUUCAGAAAAGAAUUUGGUGAUUUGGAUUUUUCUCAGACAGAAAGGUUUUGGUGAUUUGCGUUUUGCUCAGAAGAGAUUCUAGUGAAUUUAGGUUUCCCUCAAAGAGAGAUUUCAGCUUUGGAAUUUGGUUAUACCCUAUGUAGAUUCAGGAUUCACCUGAUUUUGAAUUUUGGUCAAAGUGGGAAUUUUGGUGAAAAUGGCAGCUUCAUCCCCGUCUCCGAAUUCUCCUCCUUCGAUCACUCUGCCCCUGCCUUUGGACACACCACCACCUGCAUCGGUUCUUCCCCCCACGCAAUCUCAACCCAAUGCAAAUUCCGAUCCGCCAACACCAUUGACUUCUUCUAAUCCUUCGCCGUCCCCUCCUACUCAAUCCCCUCCACCGUCCAUUCCUUUAGCUCCUCCUCCCAUCCCUCUAUCUCCCCCACCAUCUCCUCCCAAUGCAUCAACUCCACCUGCUUCUCCGCCUGCACUUUCACCACCCCCACCUUCGAUCCCUUCGCCACCUCCAGUUUCAGCUCUGCCACCACCUCUCUUAACCCCGCCUCCCAUUUUAGCUCCGCCGCCUCCUCUCCUUUCCCCACCUCCUGUUUCAGCUCCCCCACCUACUCGAACAUCAUCGCCUCCUCCUCCUUCUGCUGGUAACCCUCCUGCACUUUCCCCACCUCCUCCUCAAGCGGCCUCACCUUCUCAACCUCUUGCCCCACCUCCUCCUGUUGCCGUUUCAUCUCCACCGCCUGCCGCAUCUCCACCGCCUGCCACAUCUCCACCACGUGCUGCAUCUCCACCACCGCCGUCAACAACCCCAUCCAAAAGUUCACCUCCACCCCCUGUUCCCUCUGGUCGUCGACAUGCCCCUCCCCCCUCAAAUUCCCCACCAAACCAAUCUUCGCCACCACCUGUAAAUCAACCGCAGCCCCCUCUCCCCUCUCAAAGUAAUUCUUCUGCUCCAGGGACCCCUUCUACACCAGCCCUGCCCUCUCCCCCAGCACCAUCGGGGAAUGUCGAUCCUUCAGUAACUCCUUCACCAACGAAAUCUUCUAAUUCUAAUCCAAAUGUUGACGGGGGGUCGAGAAGCCCAAUCUCAGCCGGAAGCAGUAAUAAUAAGAUCGGAGUUGUGGUGGGAAGCAUUGUUGGUGCUCUUGUAGUGCUUUUUGUCAUCGGAUUUCUGUGGUUUGUGGUGAAGAAAAAGAGAAAGACAAGGCGAUUUAAUGGUGGCUAUGUUAUCCCUACACCACUUGGAACUUCUCGGAGGUCAGAUUCAUCCUAUUCAAAGCCGCUGUCGACAGUUCCUCUUGUAGAAAAUGGCUCUGGUGGCAGUGGAUACCCAUAUUCACCUCCAGAACCGGGCGGCUUAGGCAACUCGAGAUCAUGGUUCACAUAUGAAGAACUGUUACAGGUCACAGACGGGUUUUCUGAGCAUAACCUUUUGGGUGAAGGCGGAUUCGGUUGUGUCUACAAGGGAUGCCUGCCUGAUGGAAGAGAAGUGGCUGUAAAACAGCUCAAUGUUGGUGGUGCACAAGGUGAACGAGAGUUCCAAGCAGAAGUUGAGAUUAUUAGUCGUGUACACCAUCGGCAUCUGGUUUCACUUGUUGGAUACUGCAUAUCCGAGCGUCAAAGGUUGCUUGUGUAUGAUUAUGUCCCUAACAACACACUCUAUUAUCAUCUUCAUGGGGAAGGAAGGCCAGUUAUGGAUUGGGGGACCCGGCUUAGGGUAGCUGCUGGUGCAGCUCGUGGAAUCGCCUACCUGCAUGAAGACUGCCAUCCUCGUAUCAUCCAUAGGGAUAUAAAGUCAUCGAACAUUCUUAUAGAUAAUAACUUUGAAGCUCAGGUUUCAGAUUUUGGGCUUGCGAGGUUAGCGCUGGAUUCAUUCACUCAUGUAACUACUCGUGUAAUGGGAACUUUCGGGUAUUUGGCUCCAGAGUACGCAUCGAGUGGGAAGUUGACUGAUAAAUCCGAUGUAUUCUCUUAUGGAGUCGUGCUGUUAGAGCUUCUAACUGGACGCAAGCCUGUUGAUGGAUCUCAACCCGUGGGAGAUGAGAGUCUGGUUGAAUGGGCUCGACCACUGCUGAGCAAUGCACUUGAGAACAGAGACUAUGAAGGUUUAGUCGAUCCAAGGCUUGGAAAGAACUACGUCGAAAAUGAAGUGUUUCGGGUGAUUGAGGCGGCCGCAGCAUGCGUACGACAUUCAGCUGCAAAGAGGCCUCGAAUGGCACAGGUGGUGAGAGCUCUGGACUCUAUAUAUGACUCUGCGGAUCUAAACAACGGCAUCAAACCAGGCCAAAGCGUACUCUAUGAUUCCGCGCAGCAUUCAGAGGAAAUCAGACGCUUUCAGAGGAUGGCUUUUGGGAAUCAAGAUUACAGCUCUGAUUUCAGCCAUUCUAGUUGGAGAACUGAAAGAGACUUGUAACCAGGUUUCAGUCUUUCCCCUAUACAUCCAUUUUUCCAUAUAAUUCUUUUAUUCCCUUAAUUAAUUGGGAUGCUUAUGUGGAUGCCCUGUGUUUUUUUUUUUUUGCCCGCCUCUCACCGUUCUUUUUAGAACUGUUAAUAAAACGUUUAUUUGAUUUUUCAAAGUUCCCAAAAUGCAAGUCUUUAUAUCUUUAAACGCCAUAAA